AUGGGCAGCCAAUACGACCACCGGUUCCCAUUUCGAUUCCUAAAGUCGAAGCAAAGCGGCUCUUACGCGACCCCACGAAUCGCUCGGCCACCAAGCCCUCCUUCCGAGACCACCGAGAUCCUAGACACAGAUUUCGAUUCCGAUUCCCUUGGAACAGAAAGUGUAACUACGGCUUCAACGCCCGAUGAACUCAAGACGCCCGACUCAGCCGGUCUGAGUGGGUUUCACUUUCAUAUCGAUGAUAAGCCAAUGUGUGGUCCGGAAGGGCCUUUCCUGUUUCAGUCACUUUCGAGUCCCUACCGCAUUUCCGAUUAUUCUAUGGACAUCAAGUCCUCUGUUGAAAUCGACCUAAUAUUUGACAACGAAGACGCCCCGGAUAGUGCUACAACUCCUCUCUACUCCUCCGCGUCCAAGCUUGGCCCUGACAGAAGGGAUACCCCUGUCCCUCGAGUUGUGGCUAAUCCUAGCACACCCCUUCAAUCCGUGCCUGAGGAGGAACACACGUCAUUAAGGCCCGAUGAGUCCAAGGUUGCCAGCUGGACCCCUCAAGAUGUUGUCACCUGGCUUCAGAAUAAAAGCAUCGACGAAGGUAUCAUUGAGAAGUUCUUUAUCAAUGACAUCUCAGGAUCCGUCCUCCUGGAUCUCCAGCCAGAUGACUUGAAGGAACUUGAUAUCCAGUCUUUUGGAAAGCGACAUGGACUCAUGGGCUCGAUUCGCCAGCUGCGCAACAAUAUUUCUGGUGAAUCAUUCGAAGCCGCGUUCCCAAGCACGUCGGAGCCGGUAUCUCGCGAGCCGACUCCAGGGUCUACCAUAGCCGAAGUAGGUGUCCGAAGUUGCAAUGCGACCCCCGUGGCCGAUGAAGAUUGUACACAAUCCCCGGCCAGAGAUAUUGAGCAAUAUCACAACAGCCGUAGGCGCCGCCGCCAACGAGUCGUUGGGCCAAAUGACUCCAUAUCGAUUGUCGGUAUCGAACAAGUGUUUCCCAAACUCCACAGGUGCUCGAAAGGCGAAGAUUGCCGAAAAUGGCAGAGGCAACAAGCGAGAUUUGCUCAAUAUUCCCAAGGCCUCCCGGCCGACUCUUUAGGUAGCCCCGUUGUUGUUGCUGGCGACCCGGGCAAUGCUGCCACUGCUCCCAACAUGAUCAAGUCGCCGAAGUCCGAUGUCACCGCUUCGGUCGUGGCAUCUUCUGACGCUCUUGGCCCGAACCAAGUCACGGAGAUGCCCAUUUCUGAAAAGACACUCCAAGAUGUUCGUCCCCGAGACGCCCAAGAGAAUGUUCGUCAUUUCAUCAAGCUUCAACGUCUUAGCCAGCUCCAGCCUGUUGAGAAUCCUGCCACUCCUCCAAAGGAGAAUUUCCCCUCUCCCGAGGCUGACUCGCCUGGAAAUCUGGCGGAAAAAUUACAAAAGCUUCCCACACUUCGUAUUCCAAACGAUUAUGAUUCUUCUGCGCGAAGCUCAAAAUUCUCGCCAAGUCUUUCAGGUCAACGGACUAUCACUCCUUCUGUGAUGCGACGACGGCAGGGACUCCAGGAAUCAAUUCCUGAGCAGAUGACAACACCAUAUACCUCGUUAUUCUCCCCGUCAGAUUACUACCGUCAGGAUCCUCAUUACGGCUUUACUUCACAGACUCCUCUCUCCGAGAUGGAUGUGCCCCUGACUGCUAUCCCGAUUGGCCCAGUUGAGAGAGUCCUUUCCCAAUCAGUGCCCCCGAACAUGCGCUUUGGAUACGAAGGAGAAUAUGCGCCCGAUCCCAUUCCCCGUCCAAUAUCCACAAAGGUCGAAAAUCACAGACGCAAACUUUCCGUCAACACAUCACAAUCUGCGUUGCGCCGCCUGGACGAGGGACGAGUGAUGUCACCCAUCGAAACCCCCGAAGAUCUGGAGCAUACUCCGCGUGCUGCUCAUUGCCGUGCCAACCCCUUCACUCCAUCGGGUGAGCUAUCUCGAGACAUAAUUCACAGCGGCUGGGUGAAGAAACGCAAGACCAAGAACCUCGUGCGCCACGAGUGGUCCCCAAGAUACUGCGCUCUGCGCAACACUCAACGCGGCGAUGAACGUGGGACAGAGCUCGCUGUCUAUGACCGUCAAAUGGAUGCUGAUGGCGAUUCAAAAGCUCUAGAGUAUAUCGAUGUUGAUGAUUAUGCCGUAGCAUGUUCCUCUGUCGCAUCAAACUCGAAGUUGACAGCAGCAUUCAAAAAGACAGUCUUGAAGCGCAAAGACAAUACCAAGGGAGAUACUGCAUUUGCCUUCUCUCUGAUUCCCUCCCCUAGUGGUACGUCCGUCUCCGACCGCAAAUCAAUCUUCCAGACCGGCAAAUCUCAUCACUUCGCUGUCAACACUCGCGAUGAGCGUAUUGAUUGGAUGCGUGAACUCAUGCUGGCAAGAGCUCUGCGACGGGGCCGAGACAGCGGUGCCUCUCUCAAUGUGAAUGGAACUGUCGUACUUUAG